AUGGCGGAGUUACAAAUGCUGCUGGAGGAGGAAAUUCCUGCAGGACGCAGAGCUCUACUUGACAGUUUUACCAACCUGGAAAGAGUAGCGGAGUACUGCGAAAGCAACUAUGUCCAGUCUGCAGAUAAGGGGCAAGCCCUGGAGGAGACGAAGAGCUACACCACCCAAUCUCUUGCCAGCGUUGCCUACCUCAUCAACACGCUCGCCAACAAUGUCCUGCAGAUGCUGGACAUCCAGGCCUCACAACUCCGACGAAUGGAGAGCUCAGUUAACCACAUCUCACAGACUGUUGACAUUCACAAGGAGAAGGUGGCAAGGCGGGAGAUUGGUAUCUUGACUACCAAUAAGAACACGUCCCGCUCACAUAAAAUUGUCGCUCCUGCCAAUCCAGAGAGGCCAGUGCGCUACAUCAGGAAGCCCAUAGACUACAGUGUGCUUGAUGACAUUGGACAUGGAGUCAAGUGGUUGUUGAGGUUUAAGGUGAAUGGCCAGCAGAACAUGAAACUAGGUGGGGGCCUGUCCAGGUCCAAUCCCCCCACCCAGAAACCACCCAGCCCUCCAAGGGCAGGAAAGGGCACCUUAGGGAAGAACUCCCCCUACAGGACACUGGAGCCUGUGCGCCCCCCAGUGGUGCCCAAUGAUUAUGUCUCCAGUCCGACCAGAAACAAUAUGACUGUCGGGCAGCUUCCCAGUCCGGUCCGCACCGCCACUCUCAACCAUCGACCCCGAACAUACAGUGGUAGCAGUGGGGGCAGCCACCCCAGCAGCAGCAGUCGAAGCAGCAGCAGGGAGAACAGCGGCAGUGGAUGUGUGGGCAUUCCCAUCGCUGUGCCUACACCCUCCCCACCCUCCACCUUCCCAGUUUCCCCAACUGCUGGACCAGCCAGCUCUUCCUCCACUGCUCCUAACUCCUCCCCCUCCCCAACCCCUUCCUCCUUCUCCUCUUCCUCCUCCUCCACUGCAACUUUAACACAACCCAACGCACCCUUUUCACCAAACUCAGCCUCACAACAUGCUGACUCACCUCCUCAACCAAACUCACAAUCAAAUGCACCCGCCAGCACCUCCCCACCCUCUAACCCCACCCCUGGCUCCUCUGAGGUCCAGUCAGGUGAUUUGCCUGGAGAACUGUCUCCUCUCCUUCCUCCUGCCCCUCCUCUCUCCUCCUCUUCCUCCUCCUCAUCACCCACAGAAGGUCCUAUCGUCCCUCAGUUCUACAGUAUGAACCGGCCACAGCCUCGACAGCAGGCUGCGCAGGUAGGGGGAUCACUGCCAUACCGUCGCCCCCCCUCUGUGACCGGUCAGCCAAUCAUAACACAGAACCAGAUCAACGGGGGUCAGUACUACAACCAAAGCCCAGCCUCCCCCCCACCCCCCUCCCUCCUCCAGUGCACCCCUCAGCUUCCACUGAUGGGUUUUGUUGCUCGAGUUCAGGAGUCCAUCUCAGAUGCCCCUCCUCCUCCUCACCCGGUUCCAGAGAGCCAAUCAGGCCCAGAGGAGCCCCUGUCCACUCCUCAGCCAUUGGAGGAUAAACAUGAAGAGGAAGAUUCAGCAAUAGUGGAGUACAACGACCCGUACGCUGAAGAGGACCCACCAUGGGCCCCCAGAACCUACCAAGAGAAAGUGGUGGCCAUCUACGACUACUCAGCCGACAAAGAGGACGAGUUGUCGUUCCAGGAGGGAUCGAUCAUCUACGUCAUCAAGAAGAACGAGGACGGUUGGUUUGAAGGAGUGAUGAACGCAACCACCGGCCUCUUCCCCGGAAACUAUGUUGAGUCCAUCAUGCACUAUGCAGACUAA